AUGGUGGUUGAGAUGGGGAUCUACUGGGGUGGUUCUGGCGGAAUAUCCGCGGGCGAGUCCGCGGGUGUCCGCGGGUCAGUCCUCGAGGACUCUCGCCCACGGAUUUUCCGUUCACCGUCUGUCCGCCCUUCCGCCCUUCCGCCCUUGAAGCCGAAAAUAGUAUUCAACCCAGAUGUGAGAAUGAUGCAACAACCUACAGUAGCUGAAAGUUUGAAACGCAAUGCACGGGCUAAGAUGCAGAUGCAGCUUCGUGUGGCCUAA